AGCGCACCACGCCAGCCCUGCGAUUGGGCUGUAGUCUUUCAACUCCAAACCACUACCAUCAUACAUCGAAACUUUCUUGGGAUCUUUUGCUUCGAUCGACGCGCUAGAAAACAUCUGAUCGAACCCAUUAAUUCAACUCUCACCAUGGCCUCCGUGCAAACCCCUAACAAAGCCACUCUCUCCGCUUCAAAAGUCACUGAACUUAAGGCGCUCUGUUCCCAAAAUAGCUUGCCAGUCUCAGGUAACAAGGGGGAACUGAUCAAUCGACUAUUGCUCCAUUUCGAGUCCGUCCAGAACUCCUCAACCCCUCAAGCUACACCAAGCAAGGAUUUAACACUGUCAUCCAACCCAGCCGCCGCUCCCACCCAUUCAGAAGCCCCAGCUCCAUCCAAGCCUGCGCCCGCCACCAAACCUGCUGGACCCACAACGAUCGCAAAGCCAGUGGAGCCGGCCCAAACUGUCACACCCACUACCAACAACGCGCCGGCGCAGAAUCCUGAUCAGACUCACGAGAGCUCGACUGCAGACCUCUCAAAGGAGGAGACGAUCAUCGACUCUGAACUUGAGAAACGAAAACUACGCGCCCAAAGGUUCGGAUUAGAGGAGCCCAAUUCGACGACGACCACAACCACAAUAACCAACACGCCGACGGCCCCGGAUGAUCUCAAGAAAUCGAUCCGCGCCAAACGCUUCGGGAUCACCGCUCAUCAACACAACGUCGCCCUGGACCAGCCCCUUGCCGAUGGCAAGGAGGCCGCUAAGAUCGUCGUCAAAACUCCUGCCGAGCUCGAAUGGGAAGCUCGCAAACGUAAACGCGCAGAGAAAUUCGGCCUCGUCGAUAACCCUACUCCCUCCUCUCUUAACGAUGCUCGCUUGCAUCGGAAAAAUCAAAAGUUUAACAAUCAUCGCUCCAGGUAUUGAUCCUUUUAUUUAUAUAUAUAUAUAUAUAUAUCUGAAUAUGUAUGUACGUAAUAUUAGAUGUCGUACAUACCGA